AUGAGCACAAUGGACGAGUUGAUUCAGUCUAUGAAUGGCGGAGCGCAUGUCUCGCAGGAUCUCCAAGCUCUUCAAGAAUAUCUCAACCAGAACAUCCACGCUCCCGCCCUCCACCCCUCUUCAUCUGCUUUCCGCAAUCUACCCCCUUCCCGGUCCACAUCUACCAACCGGAACCCGCCUCUCCAUCUCGGCGCACACGUCCAUUCCCUCUCUCACGAAUCCUACCUCCCUGGCGCAUACGCUACACCCCUCCAAACCCCAUGCAUAAGGGAGGACCCCUCUAUGCCUUCCUCUUCGUCCUCUCGCCCCCGCACACUCCGCCGGUCCUCGUCCUACGGAUUUGGAAGCGCCAGCGGCAGCAGCCAAUCUCGGUCUGCUAGUCCAUACGCCGAGUUCUCGGGUGGCGCAUUCGAGGGAGACGCAUUCGCACCGCUCGUUCAGCCAGAACACAUCCCGGCGGACCCGUGGGCGAAAUGGAAACAGCAGAGCCCGGAGAGUGCGUCUGCGUGGUCAGCCUUCGGCGGAGGUGGGCAAUUUGCCCAACCAAAACACAUGAACGGGUUUGGGAUGGGUGCUCAGCCGUCCAACCACAAUCACUUCUUUUCGCACCAUCAGCAGAGCCCACAGUUUGGCGGAACGGGGCGGUUUCAGUCGCCUGCAAGGGCAGGGGUGGGCCGACCACCCACGCCGCCAGACGAGGAUGACGAAAUGAUGGACAUGGAUGAGGGGAUGGUGGAGCGGGCGAUGCGGCAGGAACAGGAAGAGGAGGACGCGGUGGAAAGGGAGAUGAUGGGGAUGGAGGAUGAGCAGAUUGUACGACCUGGAAGUGCGCCGGGCGCGAUCGAGAUGACGUGGAGAGAACAGGAGUACGGAUGGGAGAGGGGUCGGCGCAAUAUGUAG